CCGGGUGAGAGGACGGCACGACUGUCAAAGUUUUCAGAGCCGAGCACGUAACUCGCACUCACGAAAACGCCCAGCUAAGGUAGUACGCCUAUGCCCUUACUUGGGAGUAAGUCCCACUGAACAGAGUAGGGCUUACUUCUGAGUAAGCGUGCGCAAGGCGGUGCUGUUAGGUACUCUCCACGCGUUGCUCUUGUUACCAUGGAGUCGGAGGAAGAGGGCGUUUCGCGCAGCCACGCGCACAGUGCGGAGAAGGGCUCGCCCUGAUUCCACGAGCUGCAUGCCUGCACUGUCUGUAGUUCUCGUCGACCUUUCUUCACCUCAUCAACCAGACCUUUUACUGGAGAGGGCACCGUCAUCACUACUCUCCGGAAGCUAGAGUGGCGCCUGCGUGGUCUGGCAGGAGAAGAUGGCGGCGUUGUCGGAGUUAGAUUGCAAAGAGUCGCAUGAGCGAGAUUGCGAGGAAAAGGCUGAUGAUGGAAGUGGUUUUACUCUGGAGGAGGUGCUGCGCCUCGGGGGGUCCAAACAAGAUUAUAUCAUGCUUGCUGCUUUGGAUGAGACAGAAGAAGUUGUAGAUGGUGGCAGAAAAGGAGCAAUUGAUGAUCUAAAGCAUGGUGAACUGGAGGCAUUUAUAAAUUCACUGGGUGUGAGCAAAUAUUCAAAGCAAUUCCUAUUGGCAGAAGAUGAAAAAGAAGAGGAGGGAACAGCAGCUGAAAGAGAACAAAAGCUACAGAAAAAACAAAAAGUCAACCAAAAGGAAGUAAGCCAAACUACAGUUGAAAAGAAAGAAAACCAAGUGAAAGGAAGUAAAGGAAAAAUACAGUCAAGUAAUGCCAAAGAUAAUAAGAAAAAGCCAGUUCCCAGUAGUACACUGCUGGGAACAAAGAAGGACAAGGAAGAAGUCGUCUUUCAGUUUCAUGAGCGGCAGGUGCUGCUGAUAAAACCGGGGGGCAAAUGGUAUGAUUUGGAGUAUACAAAUGAAUGUUCUGCUGAACCCCAAAAUCAGUCUCUUGUAUUCAAGUAUAAGGCCUUGGCUCAAAAGCUGUACCAACAGGAGGCAGACAUCUACAAGAACAAGACAAAUCUACGGAAAGGAUCAUCAUCUGCUUGGAUGAAAACUGUAGUAUCGUCAGGGACUCUUGCUGACAGAAUGGCUGCCAUGACCCUUCUUAUUCAAGAUACUGCUGUCCACUCACUUCAGUUUAUAGAGACCCUGGUGAAUCUGAUCAAAAAGAAAGGUAGUAGAAGGCAGAGCUUAAUUGCCUUGGAUACUUUCAAAGAGCUUCUCAUGACACAUCUUCUACCAGACAGUCGUAAGCUGCACACUUUCUCCCAACAUCCUUUGGGCUCUCUGGAGAAGCUUUCAAGUGGCAAUAGAGACUCAAGGGACAGGCGCUUGAUUUUGUGGUAUUUUGAGCAUCAGCUGAAGCACUGGGUGGCUGAAUUUGUGCAAGUGUUAGAAUCACUGACUCAUGAUCCCCUGAUGGCAACAAAAACUCGUGCUCUUGCUGUUGCUCAUGAACUUCUUUGUAACAAGUCAGAGGAAGAGAAAGCUUUUCUGGUGCAGUUAGUAAAUAAACUGGGAGAUCCUCAAAACAAAGUAGCCACCAAAGCAUCUUAUCUUUUAGAGACUUUGCUUUAUAAGCAUCCCAACAUGAAAGGAGUGGUGUGUAACGAAGUGGAGAGGCUUCUAUAUAGGUCAAAUAUUAGCCCCAAAGCACAAUACUAUGCAAUCUGCUUUUUGAACCAAAUAGUUCUUAGCCAUGAGGAGAGUGAACUGGCUAACAAACUCAUUACACUCUACUUUUGCUUUUUUGGGUCUUGCAUCAAGAAAAAAGAUGUUGAGUCCAAAAUGCUUAGUGCUCUAUUGACAGGGGUGAACAGAGCUUACCCUUAUGCUCAGACUAGUGAUGAAAAAGUAAAAGAGCAAAUGAAUACUUUGUUUAAGGUGUUGCACCUUGUGAACUUCAGCACUAGCAUCCAGGCCUUGAUGUUGCUAUUCCAAGUAAUGGACUCUAAUCAGACAGUAUCUGACCGAUAUUACACCGCCCUAUACAAGAAGCUGCUGGACCCAGGAUUAGCAGUAUGUGCCAAGCAGUCCAUGUUUCUCAACCUUGUCUACAAAUCUUUGAAAGCUGAUAUAGUACAGCAACGGGUGAAAGCUUUUGUGAAGCGAUUGCUUCAAGUCACCUGUGGUCAGAUGGCACCGUUCACCUGUGGAGCUUUGUACCUUGUGUCCGAACUUCUGAAAAUAAAACCAGGGUUACGGGUACAGCUGCAGGAUCACGUGGAAUCUGAUGAUGAGGAACGUUUUCAUGACCUCGAAGAAGCUGAAGAAGAGAAGGAAAAACUUGUUGGUGCAGAUGAACAGACUAAAAGUAAAAGAACCGGAGAAUCUCCAAAACCAGUUUCAGAAGCUUCAUGGGUACAUCACCACAAUCUAGCAGGUGGCAAGAGUUUGGGUAGCUAUGACCCAUUACAUCGAAAUCCUUCAUACUGCGGAGCUGAUAGAACAAGUUUUUGGGAACUAAAGAAGCUUUCAGAACACUUCCACCCAUCUGUGGCCCUCUUUGCAAAAACUAUUCUAGAGGGGAAUUAUAUUGAAUACUCAGGUGAUCCUCUCCAUGAUUUCACACUAAUGAGAUUCUUGGAUCGCUUUGUGUACAGAAAUCCCAAAGCUCAUAAAGGCAAAGAGAACACCAGCAGUGUGGUAAUGCAACCAAAGAAGAAACAGUUUAUGGGUGAUGUGCGAAAUCUUGCAGUGAAUAGCAAGGAGUUCCUUGCACAAGACGAGACCAAAAUCCCAGUAGAUGAAGUUUUUUUCCACAGAUUUUAUAAAAGAUUAGACAUGGAAAAGGAGAAAAGGAAACCUAGGGGAGAUGAUGAAAGUGUAGAAGAUGUGGAUGACGAUGAGUUUGAGAGAGCACUAGACUCAUUUGAACAAGAUAGUUAUUUUGAUACACUUGUCAAGGAUGACCUUAAUUUUGCUGGUAAUAUAAAAAGCAAAGGGAAGAAUAGCCAAAGUGAUGAGGCGUCGUCGGAUGACUCUGAGGAGGAAGAUUUUGAUGACCUUGAUGAUGAGGAAGUGUCUCUGGGUAGUAUGGAUGAAGACUUUGGAGAAGACCUUCAUGAAGAAGGAGGGACUUUUAUGGAUGUGUCAGAUGAUAACUCUCCAGAUGAAAAUAAAGAGGAUCAUGGCAAGCCUGCCACUAAGAAAGGCAAAAGAAAAAAAGAAAUGGAUUUUUCUACAUCAAUAAAAGGGUCAAGGGGAAACAAGAAAAGAAAACUCAAAGACACUGGCAUUCUUGCUUCUGCAGAACAAUUUGGUUCUUUGCUGGAUGAAAACAUUGGGUCCAAGUUUGACAGUAUUGGGAUGAAUGCAAUGGCUAACAAAGAUAAUGCAAAUGUCAAACAGCUCAGAUGGGAAGAAGACCGUGACAGGUGGAUUCACAAUCGAGAUGUUAAAAGUAUCAUCAAGCAGAAAAAGAAGUUUAGACAUAAAAUGCUGAAAAACAAACACAGAAGUAAAAAGACCAGAAAAUAAACAUAAAAGCUUUUAAUGUCACCUCUUUAAAAGUUAUUUCUACUUACUUCUAGUUUUUGUUGCUUAACCAUGACUCUUGAUCUCUCUCCCUUAUUCCGUAAGUACCAGACCACUCAUUACAUUUGUAAUAAACUGUGAAAAUAUAAGAGUCACUUAUCUUAUUCACAACUGAAUGAACAUGGACUUUUGAAGAUCUAAUGUUGAG